GCCAUGGCGGCCGCCGCCGUCUGAGGCCGGAGGGGCCCGGCCGCGGCUCCCUCCUCCAGCCCCGUCUCGUUCCCCUUCCCCUCGGCUCCCGGAGCCAUCGCCGCGGCCCCGCUGAGGGCUGCGCAGCCCCGGCCGCAGCAUGAAGGCGGCUCCCGGCGGCGCUGAGGAGACGGAGAAGCUGAACAAGAUGAGCACCCUCUUGGAAAGACUCCAUGCAAAGUACAACCAGAACAGGCCCUGGACAGAAACCAUGAAGUUAGUGCGUCAAGUCACGGAAAAGCGCGUUGUGAUGAACUCGGGGGGGCACCAGCACCUGGUGAGCUGCUUGGAGACACUGCAGAAGGCCCUGAAAGUAUCUUCUCUGCCUGCCAUGACAGAUCGCCUGGAGUCCAUAGCUAGACAAAAUGGCCUGGGAUCUCACCUUAGUGCCAAUGGCACUGAAUGUUACAUCACUUCAGACAUGUUCUAUGUGGAAGUCCAGUUAGAUCCUACAGGGCUGCUGUGUGAUGUCAAGGUGGCUCACCAUGGAGAAAACCCUGUGAGUUGUCCAGAACUGGUGCAACAUCUGAGAGAGAAGAACUUUGAUGAGUUCUCUAAGCAUCUGAGGGGGCUGGUGAACCUGUAUAAGCUGCCAGGAGACAACAAACUGAAAACUAAAAUGUACUUGGCUCUGCAGUCCUUAGAGCUGGAUCUCUCAAAAAUGGCAGGGAUGUACUGGCAAGCCACCAACGCCAAUCCCUUGGACAAGAUUCUCCAUGGCAGCGUUGGCUAUCUCACCCCCAGGAGUGGAGGUCUCCUGAUGAACCUCAAAUAUUACGUCUCGCCCUAUGAUUUGUUUGAAGAUGGCUCUGGAGCCCCUGUUAUUUUGCAUGAGAACAAUGUCCCUCGCUCACUGGGGAUGAACGUGUCGGUCACCAUCGAGGGCACCAUGGCCAUGUACAAACUGCCAAUCGCCCCACUCAUCAUGGGCUCCCAUCCCGUUGACAGCAAAGGAACUCCGUCGUUCUCAUCCAUCACUAGUGCCAACAGUGUGGAUCUACCAGCUUGUUUCUUCCUGAAAUUCCCACGUCCCAUCCCGGUGUCUCGAGCUUUCAUUCAGAAGCUUCAGGGCUGCACAGGUAUUCCUUUGUUCGACACACCACCAACAUUUGUACCCUUGUAUGAGCUGAUCACGCAGUUUGAGUUAUCCAAGGAGGCUGAUCCAGUACCUUUAAACCACAAUAUGCACUUCUAUGCAGCUCUUCCAGGACAGCAGCACUGUUACUUUCUGAACAAAGAUGCUCCUCUCCCAGAUGGAAGAAGCCUCCAAGGAACUCUGAUCAGUAAAAUCGCCUUCCAGCACCCAGGCCGCGUCCCACUCAUCCUCAGCCUCAUCCGGCACCAGGUGGCCUAUAACACCCUCAUUGGCAGCUGUGUCAAGAGGACGGUGCUGAAGGAAGAUUCCCCUGGGAUCCUGCAGUUUGAAGUUUGCCCACUCUCUGACUCCUGUUUCAGUGUCUCCUUUCAGCAUCCCGUGAAUGACUCCCUGGUCUGUGUGGUAAUGGAUGUGCAGGACUCCACUCAUGUGAACUGUAAGCUCUACAAGGGGCUGUCUGAUGCUCUGAUCUGUACAGAUGAUUUCAUUGCCAAGGUUGUGCAAAGGUGCAUGUCCAUCCCUGUCACCAUGAGAGCAAUCAGGAGGAAAGCAGAAACCAUUCAAGCUGACACCCCAGCCUUAUCCCUCAUUGCAGAGACAGUCGAAGAUAUGGUGAAGAAAAACCUGCCCCCAGCCAGCAGCCCAGGGUAUGGCAUGACCACAGGCACCAACCCCCUGAGUGGUACCACUACCCCAACCAACACUUUUCCUGGGGGGCCCAUCACUACGUUGUUUAACAUGAGCAUAAGCAUGAAAGAGAGGCAUGACUCAGUGGGGAGCCAUGGGGAGGACUUCAGCAAAGUGUCUCAGAACCCAAUUCUCACCAGUUUAUUGCAGAUCACAGGCAAUGUGGGCUCAGCCAUUGGCUCAAGCCCAACCCCUCCCCACCACACACCACCACCAGUAUCCUCCCCAGCAAGCAACACCAAGAACCACCCCAUGCUCAUGAACCUUCUGAAGGAGAAUCCCCCUCAGGAUUUCUCCAGCCUGUAUGGGAGCAGCCCUCUGGAGAGACAAAACUCUUCCUCUGGCUCCCCUCGGAUGGAGAUUCCUGGGGGGAAUAAGCAGAAGAAAAAAAAGUCCCGCGCACCAGCGGACAAACCCAAGCACCAGACUGAGGAUGACUUCCAGAGGGAGCUCUUCUCAAUGGAUGUGGACUCCCAGAACCCCAUUUUUGAUGUCAACAUGACUGCCGAUACCCUGGACACCCCCCACAUUACCCCAGCCCCCAGCCAGUGCAGCACUCCUCCUGCUACCUACCCCCAGCCCAUCCCUCACACGCAGCCCAGCAUUCAGAGGAUGGUUCGGCUCUCCAGCUCGGACAGCAUCGGGGCCGACGUCACCGACAUCCUCUCGGACAUAGCAGAGGAGGCUUCCAAGCUCCCCAGCACCACUGAGGACUGUCCCCCCAUUGGAACUCCAGUGAGGGACUCUUCCAGUUCAGGCCAUUCCCAAAGUGCCCUCUUUGACCCAGAUGUGUUUCAGAGCAAUGCCAGUGAGAACCCCUACACGGACCCUGCGGACCUGAUCGCCGACGCUGCCGUCAGCCCCAACAGUGAUUCCUCAAACCAUUUCUUUCCUGAUGGUGUAGAUUUCAACCCUGACUUGCUCAACAGUCAGAGUCAAAGCGGCUUUGGGGAGGAAUACUUUGAUGAGAGCAGCCAGAGCGGAGACACGGAUGACUUCAAGGGUUAUGCAUCCCAGGCUCUCACUACUUUGGGGGUGCAAGUGUUGGGGGGUGAUGGGGGGGACAAUAAAUUCAAGGGGAGCACUCAGUCCGACACGGUAGAUUUUAGUAUUAUUGCAGCUGCAAGCAAAGCACUGGGCUCCUCGGACAUCAUGGAGCACCACAGUGGGGGGCAGAGCCCUCUGCUGAACACAGGGGAUUUAGGGAAAGAGAAGUCUCAGAAACGGGUAAAGGAAGGCAAUGGCUCUGGAAGUGCCAUGGCAGGAGCCGGGAUAGAUGGGAAGCCUGGGAAGCGCAGCCGGACACCAUCCAGUGAUGGCAAAAGUAAAGAGAAGCUUCCCAAGCGGAAGAAGCAGGAGACAGAUGGGAAAUCCCCAUCUCACAGCUCGUCCAACAGGCCUUUCACACCACCAGCAAGCACAGGUGGGUCCAAAUCUCCCGGGAGCUCGGGCAGAUCUCAGACUCCUCCUGGUGUAGCAACUCCUCCUAUCCCCAAAAUCACCAUUCAGAUCCCCAAAGGAACAGUGACUGUUGGCAAACCCUCUUCACACGGCCAGUACACGAGCAGUGGCUCCGUCACCUCCUCCAGCAGCAAAAGCCAUCACAGCCAUUCUUCCUCCUCCUCCUCUUCUUCCUCCUCUUCAACCUCAGGCAAGAUGAAAAGCAGCAAAUCGGAAGGGUCUUCGGGCUCCAAGAUGAGCAGCAGCCUCUACUCAGGCCAAGGCAGCUCGAGUUCAGGCCAGUCCAAAAGCUCAGGCCAGUCAGUGGGGAAACCGGGAUCUUCCCCCAUCACCAAACACGGCCUCACCAGCGGCUCUGGGAGCACCAAGAUGAAACCUCAAGGAAAGCCAUCGUCACUUAUGAACCCAUCCAUGAGUAAACCAAACAUCUCCCCCUCUCAUUCGAGACCCUCGGGGGGUUCUGAGAAGCUCGCUUCUCCCAUGAAACCUGUCCCAGGUACUCCCCCAUCAUCUAAAGCGAAGUCACCCAUCAGUUCAGGUUCUGGAGGCUCCCACAUGUCUGGGACCGGCUCAAGCUCAAGUAUGAAGUCGUCUUCAGGAAUGGGAUCUUCUGGGUCGAUGUCUCAGAAACCACCUCCUUCAUCAAACUCCUCCACGGCAUCCUCCUCUUCCUUUUCAUCCAGUGGGUCUUCCAUGUCCUCAUCUCAGAACCAGCAUGGCAGCUCCAAAGGCAAGUCUCCAAGCAGAAACAAGAAGCCAUCUCUGACUGCAGUCAUAGACAAGCUUAAACACGGGGUUGUCACUAGCGGGCCUGGUGGAGACGACCCAAUGGAUGGACAAAUGGGGCCAAGUUCCAAUUCCUCAAGCCAUACCAUGUCCUCCAAACACAACAUGUCUGGAGGGGAAUUCCAGGGCAAACGUGAGAAGAGUGACAAAGAGAAGUCCAAAGUCUCUGUUUCUGGGGGAUCUGUUGACUCUUCCAAGAAAACUUCGGAUUCCAAAAGCGUUGGAAGCACCGGCGUGGCCAAAAUCAUCAUCAGCAAACACGAUGGCGGUUCCCCCAGCAUUAAAGCCAAAGUGACUUUGCAGAAGCCUGGGGAAGGAGGUGGGGACAGCCUCAGGCCUCAGAUGGCUUCUUCCAAAAGCUACGGGUCCCCUCUCAUCAGCGGCUCGACCCCAAAGCACGAGCGCUGCUCUCCCAGCCACAGCAAGUCCCCUGCCUACACCCCCCAGAACAUUGACAGUGAGAGCGAGUCAGGCUCCUCCAUAGCAGAGAAGUCCUACCAGAACAGCCCCAGCUCCGACGAUGGCAUCCGGCCCUUGCCCGAGUACAGCGCCGAGAAGCACAAGAAGCAUAAAAAAGAGAAGAAGAAGGUGAAAGACAAAGACCGGGAUAGGGACAGGGAGCGGGACAAGGACAGGGAUAAGAAGAAGUCGCACAGCCUGAAGCCAGAGAGCUGGUCCAAGUCGCCCAUCUCGGCUGAGCAGCCUCUGGCCAUGGGCAGCAGCUCCAUCCUUGCUUCCGAGCGCCCGCCCCGUGCCAGCCCCGAGUUCCUCAUUGGGGAGGAGGAUGAUGAUCUCAUGGAUGUGGCUCUGAUUGGUAACUAAUAUCCCUAAUGUCUGGAAGUGAUGGUUCCAGAUCCCCCUGUGAACCUGCCAUGCUGCUGACCAGGCUGUGGGUGAAAAGGGGGGAGCAAAAAGUAUUCCCAAGGAUCUCCAAAGACAAAGGAAAGUGCCAGUGCCAGCAGCUCCCUCGGGAUCCAGGUCCUGACUGUGGCCUUCACGCUGCUGGCACUUACACUUGCUUUUAAUAAGUAUUAAUAACCCCAUUAGAGUUAAUGGGUAUGAAGCAAAGUGUGUGUGAGCAUGGGAGCAGACCCCAGAGUGGUGCAAGCGGGAUCAUGGGCUGUUCAGGAGAGUCUUGAGUCCCUCUUCCCCUCAUCCCACUUGGAAUCAAGUUGCUUUUGUAUCAAGGAAGUUUGAUUUCAGGGCUGGACUUCUAAAGGAUGAUUGGAAGGAAAAGAAACCAAUAAGGUCUGAUAUGAUUCUUGGGGUGUUUCUAUAUUCAGUGCCCAAGCCAGUGUGGAGCUGAGCAACUUCAGCUUCCUCUGGUCUGAAUCCUGCUCCGUGCUCUGAUGGAUAGCAGGAUUCUAUUCCCAGCCUGGCGAUGAAGGAUUGCUGUCUGUAUUGGACUUCCCUUCUGGGUUAGGUAUUUAUUCAGGUGCUGGGAUGCCUCAGUUCUACUGGUGUGAUGCAGAGCCCAGAGAGCCUCAGGAACUUGGGAAUUGCUGUGCCCUGGACAGCUGGUGAAGUUGUGGAAUAUUGAAGCAAAUCUGAAUGGAAAAGGGACUCUGUUGGCUUCAGCCUAGAGCUUCCCCCACUGCAUCCCUGGAGCUGUGACCUGCAUCCUGGUCCUGCCCACAGUGCUUCCCCACUAUGGAUGCUUCCAGUGAUGGCAAUAGGAUGCCUUGUGCAUGGUCAUGGCCACAGACAGGGCUUGUCCCGGUUCCUGAACCCUGCAGGGUUUCAUUUGGGGCUUUGCUUUGUUUUCCCUUUGUUUCUGGUGAUUCCAGUACCACUCACAAGUGCUGCUGCCUCAUAUCCCUGCUGGAAAAGCAUCCCUGGCUGCCCCUCCUGGGAGCAGAGCUGUGCAGAGCAGGGAUUUCCCUCAAAGAUGGCAAUUUUUCCUCUUUUGGCUGGAAUUAGGAGCAUGACUCAGGCAUCCUUUAUGGUCUUAUCUUGUGGUCCCUGAAAGGAAAAGAGACUCAGGAGAGGGUUGUAUUAUUCCAAGCAGUUCAGUGUGAUUCACUGAGGAGGAAUCCAGGAAAUGGGAGUUCUGGGAGCACAUCUGAAUCAUGUACCUGCUCCCAGGGGAUUUUGCUGUUGAUUCCCAGAAGCCAGGGUUUUCCCAGUGGGAUUGGGAUGAAACUUCAUGUUUUGGGGAAGAUUCCACAGAGAUUCCUAGUCCGCUCCCAACAAGUUGCUGCUUUAAAGCUUAUUCAAAGCUUUUAAUUGUAGGGAUUUUCCACCUCUUCCUCCUGCCUUCGGUGGAAUUCCGGAUCCUGAGUUUCCCCAAGCCCCUUCGUUGCUUCUCCUUGUAUUCCCCACCAUUUCCUCUUCCUGGUUUGCAGCCUGUAGCUUCCCCCUUCCCAUCUCCCAUGCACCAAGAAGAUGGGAAUGUGGUAAAGGAAAUCAAGAGUCAACCUGGAGCAAACGUGUUGGAGCUGCGGGACUGCAGAGGAUGGAGGGAAGAAGCUCAUCCAGGAUUGCAGCUCCAGAAGUGGUCUUCCUGGAAGCAGGAAGUGGCUCCGGAUCCCCCUCAUUUUGUGCUGGUUUUGGGGGGGACUUUAAGUUGUUUUGUUUUCCAGAGCCCUUUGAGCUGCUCUGGGAUGGGUAAAGGUUUAAAAGCAGUGUUCAAUCAGCGCUGGGGAUUUCAGCGGGGGGUUCUUUGGACUUGGCCUUUUCCUGCUCGGAAUCACGCUGGGAAUUCAAGGGAAUGCCGCUCAGCAUCAGAAUAAGCACACAGAUGGGUUGGAAAGGAGUGAUCUCACCCAACCAAAGCUCAGUAUCUUCAAUUUCUCCUCUCGGGAACAUCUCCUCUCAGAGAGCACCAUGGCAGCAAUUUAACGCUUUUCACCCCAUUUUGGUGCCCUGUUUUCCUGCGUCAUCCCCUUCCCAUGAUGUAAAUCAUGUGACAGACAGACCAGAGCCGUGCUUAGGGAUGAGCUGUGUGAUCCUGUGACUACUCCAAUGUGUCAGGGCUCGGUCUGUGACACAAAAAAGGUUUAUUUUUCAUAGAUUCCUUGGCUUCUGCGGGUAUUUUACAUCUUUCAGUAUUGGAAAGAGAACCCUUCAGAAGGUGCGAACAGGACCGGAGCCGAAUGGGUCCAGGGGCUAGAGGACGAUGUGCUGAGGGUGUAAAUACGCGGCUGGGUCUGUAACCGCUCCGGUUUUGGGGCAAUAUCGCGGAAAACGCGUUUGUUACACGCCAAUAAACCCCUUUGGUACA